AUGGCAGAACUGUCGCGUACGCCAGACGCGCUGGCUGACUCGGUUUCUCACGAGAUCCAGGGGGACCUUGGACAGUCUUCUGUAGCUGCCGUGAAUCUGCCGGAUGAUCGUGAGCUUGCUCGGACUUCAGGAGGAGGCCAAGAUGUUCGCCUGCUAAUUCACAGUGCCACACAUUCCAGUGCGUCUCCUCAAUCGAACGCUUUGGGCUCGCACGACGAGCAGCGUUAUCAUCUGCUUCCUCUCCCAGAGAGGGAGAAAUCCAGUCGCCUCGGACCAACCUCGCAUAUGAUUUUAGUGACCGUCUUCGUUCUCCUCGCUGCCGUAAUCCUUCUAAUCGCGUCGUGUGCGCUGGCUGGCAGAGCUCGCUGGAAGCACUCGGUCCUCCUUACACACUGUCUGCUGGAGCUGCACAUCGCUGUAGUCUUGCUGUUCCUGGUCAUCGGACCUGCGGCGACGCUUCUGUGGAGAUUCUGUAGAGACGAAGCAACUCCGCCACGUCAGGCGUCCUGUCCACCUCGCUCUUUCACUAGCUACCUUCGCUCUGUUGUUCGUGUUUCAGAGAAGGCGGAAAGACGUGAACGCGUCACCUCCGUCAUCAUUUCCUCCUUUGAGAUUUCAACAGCGUUUGCAUUCUUAUUCGUCGUCGUACAUAUUCUGUACCUUCCCCCCCUGUCGGCAUUUGAUGGCACCGGACACCAGGACUACUGGCCCACCUCUCUCUCAGCCGCGUCUGUACCGUGGUCGACAUCUUUCAUCUCCAUUUCCUCACCUUCCUUCAACGCUCUCUAUGACGUUGGCCGUGGAGAGGAACGUGUGAAACACCCCAUUGGCGCUACUCACGGCCGAGAAGCAGCAACCGAUCAAAACAGUCCAGACCCUCUUUCUCACGGGAGUGUUUCGGGACUCUCAGAUGGCACACCGCCCGCUGCGAAAACGUUGCACGUUACAGCCAGAAAGAGUGACACCCGGAGAAUGGAACAUAGACGCAUUCCCUACUACUCCGAACACAUGGGUGGUCUCAUGCACCGGCACGAGGAGCUGUUUCGUCAAGGAAAACAGCUUUUGUCUUCUUCCCAAGAGUCUCGAGCACGCGACUUGCCAAACCUCCGCCUCUCAAGCUACCCAGAAGAUAACUUCCACCCUCAGUUGAGAGUUACGGGAAGAGGGAGCCGAAAAAGCUCGAAGACCGCGCAAGUGGCUCACUCUCAGAGCUCGCCACAACGUUGGAAAGCCACGCCGUCCCCUGAAAGGCCAGGCAGCCGUCGCGGCGGUAGUCUCCGCUCUGGACCUGCUCACACGGCAGGGACACGCGAUUCUCGUCAAUCAGAGAGAACGACAAACCAUAGACACGAUGCCGAGUCCGUGUCGUUUGUGGAAUCCUUGGUAUCAAAGGCUGUGGAAAACGUGCUUUCUCAUCCUGCCGGGUGGAAUCAACUAGAAACUGAGUUAUCCCGAGACGUCGCCACGAAAAGCUGGCUGUUGACGAUGAAAACGAUCAUUUUAAUUGGGACCGUGAGCUGGGUAAUUUUCAUGGCCGUGUCCGGAGUCCUAACACGGAUUAAUAGAUCACUGAAGUCACAGGCUGCAAGGUAA